AUGGCAAAAGUGUCCGGAUACUGCGACGAGAAGUUCAAUUCCGUCCGCCAGCUCCUCGAACAGACCCUAGCAGCGGGUCACGACCUAGGCGCAUCACUCUGCGUGAACCACCAUGGCAAAACCGUCCUCGACCUCUGGGGCGGAUAUACCAACGAAGAAAAGUCGAUAGAGUGGACUCGCGAUACCCUCGCCCCAGUGUGGUCCUCUUCAAAGCUCGUCACGAACCUUGCAGCCCUGAUGCUAGUGGACCGAGGCUUGCUAGACCUCGAUGCAAAUGUCGCAUUGUACUGGCCGGAGUUUGCAGCCAAUGGCAAGGAAAGCAUCACGGUGCGCCAUAUUCUGAGCCAUACUGCAGGUGUUUCUGGGUGGGAUUGCCCGACCACGAUGUCGUUCCUCUAUGACCAUGAUCUGUCAGCGGCGAAGCUGGCAGAGCAGAAGCCUUGGUGGGAGCCUGGUACGGCUUCUGGAUACCAUGCUAUUGCGCAAGGUCAUAUUGUGGCUGAGCUUGUUCGCAGAGUCACUGGGGGGACUUUGAAAGAGUUUAUCAAUCACGAGAUUGCUGGUCCUCUGGGUGCUGAUUUCCAGCUCGGUGCUUUGGAGAAGGAUUGGUCACGCAUUUCAGAUGUAGUCUCACCACCGGCACUGCCAUUUUCGGCCCCGGACGACGGUAGUGUGGCGAGCAAGACUUUGAAAUCGUCGCCUAUUCAAGCUAGCGACUCUUACACGGCUGAAUUCCGACAGGCAGAGCUCGGUGCUUCGAAUGGCUUUGCAAAUGCCCGCUCGCUCUGUACUAUUCUCUCUCUUAUCCUUACUAAGGGAGAGGCGAAUGGCAAACGGUUCUUGUCCCCAGCAACUAUUGACCGUAUCUUUGAGGAACAAUCCAAGGGUGUCGAUCUGGUUGUUGGAAUCCCCCUCCGCAAUGGAAUCGGCUAUGGUCUCGCCUGGUCUGAAAGUGCGGAUUGGAUUCCCGAUGGAAAGGUUUGCUUCUGGGGAGGAUGGGGUGGAUCAAUCACAAUCGUCGACUUGACUCGCGGCGUGACCAUUUCAUAUGUGAUGAACAGAAUGGGAACAUGUGUGAUUGGGACGGACCGUACUGAGGCCUACGUUAGAGCGAUCUACUCCGCGCUCGCCCAAGAUUGCUCCUGA